AUGUUGCGACAAAUAAAAUGGACUGAAGCGUCGUCAGACAUUCGGCCAAGUGAAAAUUCCACGCUUUGUUCACUCAGACGUUCGUGUGACAUAGUUGCUCGGCUUGCGGAAAAGAUUAAUGCUAAAUUGCUUAUCGGGGAAGGAGUAAACAAACCAAAUAAAGGUUCGUCUCCCACGAGUCUAAGCCCACAGGAGUACCGAGUCUAUGCACAACUCAAAUUCAAAUCUCAAACCAUGGUGGCUUCCACCAGUUUAUUUGUAACCGUGGCGGAAUGCCUAAUGAUGGCUCAACAGCAGACAGAACAGAGACAACAGGAACUACGAAAGCUUUCAAGGGAAAACCGGGAAUUAAAGGCAGAUAUUGCUUAUAGUAUAGAGAGGAUACAUGACGCCGAAGGAAAACUUGCUGCUGCAAAGGAAGAAACAAGUUACUGGCACUUGCUCUGCUCCCUCAGCCAGUUGGAUUAUGAACUUUAUCUGGCUGAAGAUGACUCUGAAUCAUGGUAUGAACCAGUCCGGUAUGACAGUUUGUGGAAUGCAGAGUACGCCGGAUCAGCCGGUACUGAAGUUAAUGCCAUCAUUGCAGAGGUCGACUAUAGUUCCGCUGAUGAGUUAAUCAAACGCAUCAAUGAGAAGUCCACCCCGGACAUUCAGGACAUUCCCACAUACGCCUCGCUUCUGGAAUUAGUUGCGAGGCGAUUCUUUGAGGUUGAUGACUUUGAUUCGUGUUCCGUUUUACUGGACAAAGUCAUCACAUUGCGAAGACAAACUUAUACGGACACACAUCCCAUUAUAGCUGCCACUCUUGUUUGCCUUUCUAUCACCUAUGGAGGACAAAAGAAGUUCAGAGAAGCUCAAAAAUUGAUUGGUGAUGCUUUGGAUAUAUUAAAACAACACCCUGAACCAGGACGAUACCGGGAAAUUAUUGCUGGACAGUACAAACGCAUCGGACAAAAAUUGAUAUCUUGGGGUCAGCCACAGGCUGGAAUACGUGUUAUGCAACAAUCCAUGCGCUUGCUGGAAGAUUUGCUCCCGAAAGAAGAAACACAGUGGUGUGACGUCAUCAAUCGGAUGGCGCGAAUUUGUAAUGACCGCGGUUACUUCGAUGAUGCUAUGACGCUUCUGUGUGACGUGGUUGAUUAUUAUCAUGGUCGACAACAUGGUCAUUAUGCAGCUCGCAUUCCAACUAUCGUAGAGGUAGCAUAUGCGCAUCAGUUAGCCAAGCAUAAUCCUGUUUUGGAUUUGAGCAAUUUUUCAAUCCCUCCUUCCUCCUUGCUUAGUCGUCCUUUAGUAACCGCUCUCAAAGAGGUUGGCAUUGCUUUUGCAUGUCGGAAUGAAUUCACAGCUGCACAAAUAAUCGCCAGUUAUUUGAAUGCCUGUUCUACCGCCUCACUUUGUGCGCAGGAACUGGCUGUCCUCCCACUAUUGAUUCAAAAACAACCACACGUUCCGAAUUUUCUACACCCUCAAUUAUUACGGACCGCUUCGGGGAAAGAACCAGAGAAACGCAGUGUUCGUAAGAGUAUUGUUAACCUUUUUAGGGCAAAAAGGUAA